AUGAGUCAACCAUAUCAACCUAGUACAGAUAUACCUGAUGUUGAUCAGAAUUCAGAAAAUGGGUUUGGUAUUGAUCCGAAUUUACUGAAUGGAAAUUUUAAAAAAUAUAAAACUUAUGAAAAAAAUGAUGAUGAUAUUCAACUUGAUGGUGAUGGUACCGUGGUAGAGAAUGGUAAAGUGUUGGGUAAUGAUAAGAUAGUACAGAAUGGUAAAGAUGGUAAUGUAUUAGAUGCUGAUGUAUUAAUUGAUGGUGAUCUAUUAGAUGAUGAUGAAGAUGAUGAUGAUUAUAUUGAAGAUCAAAAAGUUUUUGAAGAAUUAUCUGAAGAUGAAGAUGAUUAUGAAGAUGAUGAAGAAUAUGAUGAUGAUGAUAAUAAUAAUCAUGAUGAUGACUACAUAACAAUAAUAUUAAAAUUUAUAUUAAGAAUUGUUUUCAAAAUUCAAAAAAAUUGGUUUAAAUCAUUAUUAUAUGGAAUAAUUUUUUUAAUAAAUUUAUUAAUAAUUUCAUAUUUAACAUCAUCAAAUAAUAAUCAAUAUAAUUCAAAUGAUGAAAUUUUAACAAAUUUUAAAUCUUUUAGUGAUAUUUCUAAAACUAUUGCAAAUUUACAAUGGCAAAUUAAUGAUUUAAAUAUCAAAAAUAAAAAUAAAUUCCAUGAAUUUAGACAUUAUUUAGAUUCCAAGAUUGAUGAAUUUAAUAAUAAAUUUACUCAAUUAGAUUCAAAUGUAUUAUCAAUCACAAAAGCAAAUGAAGAAAUUAUAUCUAGGUUAGAUUCAAUCAAUUUAGAAACCAUUGGAUCUAAAUAUAUUAAAGAUGAUAGAAUUCCUAUAAUUUUAGAUGAUAAUUCAAAUAUUAAAAUAUUACCAGAAUUUGCAGAUUUCUUGGAACAGAAAAUUAAAAAUCUGGUUAAUAAGUAUGAACCAACAUUAGAUUUAAAGUUCCAAUUAAAUUAUGAAAAAUUUAUUGAAGAUUAUGUUUAUGAUAUUUUAAAUAAUAAAAUUGGAUUUAUGAAUAAAGAUGAAAUUUUAUCAAUAAUUCAAUUACAAUUUAAAGAAAAUAAAUCAAAAUUAAUUUCAGAAAUUAAAAAAAUUAAUUCAAAAUCAAAUAUUGAUUCAAAUAUUUCAAAUGAAAAAUUAAUUAAUAAAUCUCCAAGAAAAAUUAAUAAAAUAAAUUAUGGUCAAGCAGUUUCAGGUGCAAGAAUUUUAAAUUAUUUAACAUCGCCAACUUUUAAUCAACAAAAUUCCCAGAAAUCUUUCAUAUCAAAGUUUUUCCCUAAUGAUCAAGAUGAUGAUAAUGAAUCAAAUUCAAUAAAUUCACCAUUUAUAAUAUUAACAUCAAAUGAAGGAUAUUGGAAAAGUUCUACAAUAAAUAAUACACAAUUAGGUAUUAAAUUCUUAGAUCCAAUUUAUUUAAGUGAUAUAUCAUAUUUACAUGGUAGAUUUAUAAAUGGUGGUAUAUUAACAAGUUGUCCUCAAAUAUUAGAAUUAUAUGUUAAUGUUGAAAAUCAGGAGGAAUUAAUUGAAAAAUUACCAAGGACACCAAUUUUUUUACAAAAUCAUAUUAAAAUAAGUGAAUUAAAUUAUCAUUUAAAUGAACCUGAGGAACAAUUUUUCCAAAUACCAAAAGAAUUACAAUCAUUUAUUAUAAAAUCCCUAAUAAUCAAAAUACCAAAAAAUUAUGGUGAUGAAUUUUUUACAAGUUUUUAUAAAUUAAAUAUUCAUGGAUUAACAAAAUUUGAUUUAUAUUCAAUACAAAAGAUUAUUAAUGAUGAUAAGAUUGAUAAUGUCAUAAAGAAGAAGUUAAAUCAAGAGAAUAAUGAAGUUGAUUACUCAAAUGAUAUACCAAAAUUUGGUUCAGAUCCAAUAGCUUUUUAA